ACCCUUUUGACAUUCGCCGAUCCCAAGGUCGAAUUUGAUUUGCGGUAGCCUAAAAUUUUUACCGACAAAUUGAAUUUAUAUUAACUUACUGUCCCUAUAAAUUUAAUUCAGUAAUCAGUAUGGCGCUAAAUAAAUUAAGCAUAGAUGCUGUAAACUUAAGUGGCAAGCGAGUUUUAAUGAGGGUUGACUUCAACGUUCCCCUCAAGGAUGGAGUAAUCACCAACAACCAACGUAUAGUAGCAGCGUUGGAUUCUGUCAAAUAUGCGCUGGAUAAGGGAGCAAAGUCAGUCGUUUUAAUGUCACAUCUUGGUCGACCUGAUGGUCAAGCAAACCCAAAAUAUACUCUUAAACCUGUAGCAGAAGAGUUGAAAAAGCUUUUAAACAGAGAUAUACAAUUCCUCCCUGACUGUAUUGGUGCUGAAGUAGAAGCUUCUUGUGCUGACCCACCAGUUGGCUCAGUAAUAUUGCUAGAGAACCUGCGCUACCAUAUUGAGGAGGAAGGAAAAGGUGUAGAUGCUAGUGGGUCUAAAGUUAAAGCUGACCCAGAAAAAGUGAAGGCUUUUAGAGCAACCUUAAGGAAACUUGGAGAUAUUUACAUAAAUGAUGCUUUUGGUACUGCACACAGGGCACAUAGUUCAAUGAUGGGUGAAGGUUUUGAACAGAGAGCUAGUGGAUUCUUAUUAAAGAAAGAAUUACAAUAUUUUGCUAAAGCAUUACAUGAACCAGAAAGACCCUUCUUGGCUAUCCUUGGUGGUGCGAAGGUUGCUGAUAAAAUCCUGCUAAUAGAGAACUUACUGGAUAAAGUGAAUGAAAUGAUUAUUGGUGGAGGUAUGGCUUAUACUUUCUUGAAGGAAACAAAGGGUAUGGCCAUUGGCAACUCUUUAUAUGAUGCGGAAGGGGCUAAAAUUGUCGCUAAAUUAUUGGAAAAAGCAGCUAAAAACAAUGUUAAACUUCACCUUCCUGUUGAUUUUGUAACUGCUGAUAAGUUUGAUGAGAAUGCACAGGUUGGUGCUGCAGACGUUGAGACUGGUAUACCAGAAGGCUGGAUGGGUCUAGAUGUAGGGCCUAAAUCAAGGGAACUCUUUGCUGACCCAAUUGCAAGAGCUAAAGUUAUUGUAUGGAAUGGACCAGCAGGUGUUUUCGAGUUUGAGAAAUUUGCUGGAGGCACACGCGCCCUCAUGGACGGCGUUGUGAAGGCCACCGCUGCUGGAGCUAUUACUAUCAUAGGUGGAGGUGACACAGCAACUUGUUGCGCCAAGUGGGGAACGGAAGACAAAGUAUCUCACGUGUCUACGGGUGGAGGCGCUUCUUUGGAGUUGCUCGAAGGCAAAGUUCUUCCAGGUGUUGCAGCUCUUACAGAUGCCUAAGACCUUAGCAGAUCUUAAUUGCACAAUUAUAUUCAACAGUCACAAGUGUCACCAAUGCACUACUCAAAACGAUCUUGCUAAUAAUGAAAAUGAGAUUUUUUAGAACUUCCUUUACGCCGUGAGAUGUUAAUGUAGAUAGUUAAAGGUUAUACAAAUUAUUUAUAGAAAAUUACGCGCUUAACGGCGUAUGCGAUUAGAGCGCUGAUGCGAAUAAUUAAAUAAUAAUAUAAGUGUGUCAUGUGUAUAUUUAUUGUUAUGAAUAAAUGUUGCUUAAUCAAG